ACUCACUGGAAUAGCAAACCUCCAUGUAUGACAAUUUGUACCUGCAUGGAUUUGAAGACUCGGAGGCGGGCUCAGCUGAUUCCUACACUAGCAGGCCGUCCGACUCGGAUGUGUCGUUGGAGGAGGAGAGGCAGGAUGUGGGAAGCCAGGGCCGGCAAGAACGAGAGCAGCAGGCCGCUGUGCAGCUGGAGAGGGCAAAGGCCAAAGCGGUGGCCUUCGCCGUAAAGACUAACGUCUGUUACUGUGGAGCACUGGACGAGGAUGUGCCCGUGCCAGGAACAGCCAUCUCAUUUGAUGCUAAGGACUUCCUGCACAUCAAAGAGAAGUUCAACAAUGACUGGUGGAUCGGGCGGCUGGUGAAGGAGGGCUGUGAGAUCGGCUUUAUUCCCAGCCCUCUGAAGUUGGAAAACAUCCGAGCUCAGCUGGAGCAGAAGAAGAGCCGAGUUCAAGGGUAAGCACGCAAGCAGAAACAAAAAGUGACUGAGCAUGUGCCUCCUUAUGAUGUCGUGCCCUCCAUGAGGCCUGUGGUGCUUGUUGGCCCAUCUUUAAAAGGAUAUGAGGUGACCGAUAUGAUGCAGAAGGCUCUGUUUGACUUCCUGAAGCACAGAUUUGAUGGCAGGAUAUCCAUUACCCGAGUAACUGCAGACAUUUCUUUGGCUAAGAGAUCUGUGCUAAACAACCCAAGUAAGAGAGCCAUCAUUGAGCGUUCCAACACCAGAUCCAGUCUUGCUGAAGUGCAGAGUGAGAUCGAGCGUAUCUUCGAAUUAGCCCGAUCCUUACAGCUGGUAGUGCUGGAUGCAGAUACCAUCAACCACCCGGCUCAGCUGAUGAAGACCUCACUAGCUCCUAUCAUUGUUCUCGUCAAAGUGUCUUCACCAAAGGUCCUCCAGAGGCUGAUCAAAUCCAGAGGAAAAUCUCAGAGUAAACAUCUGAACGUGCAGCUGGUAGCAGCUGAUAAACUGGCACAGUGUCCACCGGAGAUGUUUGACAUCAUCUUAGAUGAGAAUCAGUUGGAGGAUGCAUGUGAGCACUUGGCUGAAUAUCUGGAGGCAUACUGGAAAGCCACGCACACCUCCAGCAGCACUCCGCUUAACCCGCUGCUAGGCCGAAACCUCGGCCCAUCUGCCCUCGCCCCGUACCCAUCCACCAUCUCCGGCCUGCAGAAUCAGCAAGGCCAAAAAACGCGGCACGCCAACCACACAGGCGACCACUCCACAGCCAACGAGCGGCGUAACCUGAUGACCCCGGACGAGAACUACCACAACGAGCGUGCUCACAAGCCGCGAAGCAACCGCGCCUCGACAGGCUCGCAGCAGGGCCGAGAGCACCACCAGUACAUGGACGAGCAGCAGGACCCUUAUCAAGACAGCUACAAACCACACCGCAACCGCAGCUCACCAGGAGGCUAUAGCCAGGACUCACACCAUCGACUAUGAGCCAGUUUCAUCCUCAGCCUGACCCAGGAUGGUGUCUGUUGUCAUUUCCCAUCUCGUUUCUUUCCGGUCUUGGAUUCUUCUGCGGAUUCCGUCUUCAAUCGCACAUAAACGUACCAUCAUGUGAGGAAAACAGGGGCCAUCCUGACUCCACCAUUCUCACUUUCUUGCUUAUUUCUCUGUUUGUAUCUGUGUUUCUGUUGUGUUCAAAAGUUCCUUUCUGGAAAGUAAACACGCACCCGGCAGAACAGAUCGAAAGAUCAACAGAUCAUUCUGUGUGCCAACAUUGCUACUGGCACGGUAGCUUAAGCAUGCUUCCUUCAAUGCUGGAUGGUACUGUAACGUACAGGCACCUCAGACAGUACAGUCAGGCUAAUAUUGACAAUACCAACCCACUGCCAGUGUAUUUUGUUAUAUUAAUGACGUGUGGAUAAACUGUAGAAACCAGAUCUGAUAGUCUUCUCAGGCCUCUGGAUAUAGUGAUAUGAGGGAAUUUUUUUACACAGCUGAGUCAACUGAAAGAUUCGUUCAGCGUUUGUGCUGCUGCUCAGCGAAUCAGACAUGUCGAACUACUAACUGGUGCAGUUCUGCAUGUUUUAUGAGUUUUAAUUCAGAAUAAAGAGGGUAGAUCGGUAAAAAAAAAGAAAAGAAAAAAAAUGCUGCCUCAUAGCUUCUGAGGACUUGACGCAGACCUCGGCCCUUUCGUCGUAGACCAUUCUGCUAGUUUGCUUACUUAGAACAACUGCUUAACCAAGAGAUGCACAUCAUAUUAGCUGCAGAGUUGCUCUAAACUAGUUUACAGAACAUCUAGAUGAAAUUAGUUUUCAUUUUUUUAGAUAAUCAGCACGAACCGACCUCAUCAGGGAAUUCUCUCAUCAUAGGUGCUGGAUGUCACAUUAAAAAAAUCAUGUAUAAAAAGAUAAAUUGAGCGCUAUAUUGGUUUCAUAGGCUUUAAGUCACAUGCUUUUCAGGAUCACAUGAUGUCCCAAGACUUACCCAAGAAAACUCCCCGUAGAGAAAAGGCAGAUCCAAAUUACGGAUACAAGCAUGCAUGAAAAUGGAACUAAAGUCAAGAGCCUGGAUUUUCUCCUGCAUAACCAUUGAAUGAUUCAUUAAUUUAUGCUAGUUUGUGCAUUUUUAAAAGAAGAAGAAGAAGAAAAAUAAAACAAAAAAAAAGUCAAGGCGUAAUGGAACAUGUACAUUCUGUAUGCAGUUGUCUAUGAGCAUGCUUCUCUGUUACUACUAUAACUGAGGAUGAAUGAACCAAACGGAUUGAGAGUCAACGAAUCAUUUACCCAUAACCGAACUGACGCAUCAUCUUUGGGUUUGAAGCUUGAGACAAUCACACGGAUUCCUCUGUUCAUUCGGAAACUUCCUCGUUUCUUCCCGACAUCCUGCUCUCUCUUCUUCCUUCCAGCUCUGACUCAAAAAAAGGGGAAAAAAAGUGUCCAUUUUCGGUUUGUUUUGAUUUCGUUUUGAUUUUUUGUGAAAGUCGAAAAUAAGGAGGGAAAUGCAAACUGCAUGCACAAUAUAUGAUUUCAAUUUUUAAAGACAGAUUUAAAAAAUGUUUUAAAGAAAAUGUGUAAAAGACGAUUCUAGCAGAAUUUAAGUUUUCUUUUACAAAAAAAAAAAAAGGAAGAGGGGAUGAAAAUAAAUGGCAAUUUUUUGCAAAUGAAAA